CAAGCACUUAUAUAUGAAUAGAAAAGGAUUUUACAGCAUAAAUGCGAUGAUUGUAAGUAGCAACUAAAUAAAUAAAUUAUUACUUAUUAUUAUUUCGUCUUAAAAAAUUAUUUUUUAUCAGGCAUGCGAUCAGGAUAUGGUUAUAAGAUGUGUUGAUGCGAGAUAUGGAGGAUCUAGCCACGACUCAUUUGUGUGGAACAAUAGCGCAUUAAAAACAUAUCUGGAGCAAACAUACCAAAGAGGAGAUCACAAUUCGGUUUACUUAGGUGAUUCUGGUUAUCCACUACACGAGUAUCUAUGGACGCCUUUCCGAAACGCUUUGGCAGGAACAGUGGAAUCAAAUUUUAAUAAGAAACAUGCAAAGGCAAGGAACGUAGUUGAAAGGACGAUUGGAGUGCUGAAAUGCCGUUUUCGAUGUAUACUAGGUGAACGUAAACUACGAUAUCCUCCUUGUAAAGCAACUAUUAUUGUAAAUGUUUGUUGUGCUUUACACAAUAUUUGCAAACAAUAUAAUGUGAAUGAUCCUGAAGAAGAAACUUUUGUUGAUGUGGUAGUACCAAUGGAACCAGUUGAAGGAAACUUCAGUGGAACAGCAGCAGAUCAUCGCCGAAGACAAAUUGCGAAUGCAUUGUCAUAG